UAGACAAAUUUUGUCAAGGUAUAUUUACAUAACGAUUUGUUGUUCGUGCCACGAAGUUAUUGGUUUCGCAUCGAUGGGAGUAAUUAGCUACUCUCGUUCGACUUGGACUCACACACAUGCAACGAUUUCUCACCGUCCCAAACAUUCCAACACUCGCUGUCAUACACUUCGUUCACGGUUGAGCCAAUUACGCUCUCUUGCUUCUUUCAUCCAUUCCAAGCUCUAUCAGGGGCGGGUGAGUUCUUCAUCUCAGUGUGCCAAUUUCUCCUGCGAUGAUUGGGGAAAAUAUUGCUCGCUCCAUUGUUUCCACCACUAUGGGGUAGGUGUUGACAUCGGGAAGGCUUUGCGUGUCUGGUUCAGUACCCACGGACCCACUAUUAAAUUCAGCCAGAUUUUGAUGAUUCGACCACUUGCUUUUGUGAGACCCCCUAGUAUCAACAAUGUUGUUUCGCAACGUCUUUGCACUCGCUUUAGUUUCUGUUGUCUUCGCCAAUCCAUUCGGCAAGAGGCAGGGAACGGACACCAAUGCUCAAAUCCUCCCUCCCUUGGACACUCUGGCGUCGAAAGUCGGCGUGAUUAUACCUGAAAUUCAACUCUUGCAGGUAUCUCACCAAGCUAACGAUACUAGCAUCGGAGCGCAGAUCGAAAUGCUGAUCGCGGCAUGGAACACUACCGCGAGUGCCCUCAGCGGCAUUCCUCCGAGUAUUGGAAGCAACACCACUACUCCCACCGACAACGACCUCGCCGUGAGCCUCGGUGAUUCUCUAUCGAAAGUUACCUCUGGUCUCUCCGCCCUCACCCCCGCUAUCGUUCCGGAUAUCAAUACUUUGCUGACAUCGCUUGACGGUCCGAUUGCUGCUACUGUUGAUGCGUUCAACGCCAGUGCCCCAGCUCAAUCCUCGACUUUCGUGCACAUCCUGAUGCUUGAUGCGAGGCAAUUCUUCGCAGACGAGAAUAUGACCCAGACACUGGCGGCACUUGGUUUCUGAGGUAUAUCACUCUGCGGUGUCUUGCAGGUUCCCAAAAACAAC